AUGUCGAGAAAAAUGAACGAGAGGAGGAGGAGUAGGAAGGCACAAGAGGAGAGGGAGGGGCGUAGGCAGUACGGCGUCCCCGAGGGCCUUGGGCGCAUGGAAAGAGGGUCAUCCGUUUGGCUUGUGGAGGCAGGAGUCUCGGCUUUGUUCCCUGUGCCUGUGCUCAGUAAGCGUGUGGAGGUGGUGAGGGAAUUUGUGGACGUUCGUAGGAGUCCAAGCGUGUUUGUCCCUUUGUUCUUGUGGUCAUAUUUGUCUCAGAUACCUCUUGCAGAUGGUUUCCAGGACAAGGAGACUUCUGACUACGUGGCACUGACAAGCACUCUUAGCCAGAACAGCGACCUCCAUCAAAGGACUCAGCAGUUUACUGAGGUGCACCUGGCCAGACUCCAGAAGUUGUUUGAGAAGGAGACAGAUGAGACUGGAGCCGUGAACAAGAAGGCUUUCAUCGGGAUCAUGAAGAAGAUGAUAAACAUGUCGGAGGAGAUGCUGGAGGUUCUGUUCUUGAAGGUGGACUCAGACUGCAAUGGCUAUGUCUCCUGGCAAAAGUAUGUGGAUUAUAUGAUGCGCGAGUUCCAGGGCAAGGAGGAGAUGAGGAAGAGCCAGUACCGCCUGCGCUUCCACCUCCCCAUGACCGUCAUCUCCCUGCACCAUGGGAGCGAGGUUGUGAAAGUGGCAUUUUUAACCCAACGGUUCAAAAAGAUGGGGUUUUUCCUGACUGUCACCAAAGACGGGGUCCUGCAGUUCUGGUCCGAGACUUUCUUAAUGAUGAACUCCUUUCGGCUUGCCCAGCCCCAGCCGACCUGCCACCAGCAGAUGUGGGUUGUCGACAUGGUAUGUCUGCACAACAUGAACCUCAUCGCGGUUGCCUCGACUGAGCAGAAGAUAGAGUUCUUUGAUGUCAGUAACCACAAAUGUGUCCGGGCCUUCACCUUUGUUGACCUGGAUAGCUGUGUCAUGGCCAUGGACUAUUGGUCCGACUAUCGCAAAGGUGUGUUCUGCUAUGGGGACACCAAGGGCAACGUCGUCAUCUUUGUGUCUGACAAUGUGGCUGGUGGACUCUUCAAUCCACACGUCCUUCCCCGGACCGCCAAAUGGGAUUUCUGGACCAAUGUUUCUUUGCGAAGACUCUUAAAUGAGAAGUCCCCUCUGUAUAGAAGCUUCCGAAUGAAGAAUCUCCACCCCAACUGGUGUCAUCAGGUCAAGUUCAUCCCGCAGCUGAAUUUGGUGGUCUCGUGUUCAGCCAUUGAGAAGUCCUCGCUGGUGCUGAUAAUCCUGCCAGUCAAAGACCCUGAGAAACCCAGGUUAUCAUCAUUGAAUUUAAGAAAAGGAAUUCUUUGCUUUGACUACUGUCCGGACAGGAACUUCCUGGCAACUGGUGGCUAUGACCCCCACAUCCGCCUGUGGAAUCCUCUGGUCUCAAAAAAGCCUGUGUGGCUGAUGAAGGGACAUCAGACGUCAGUGACUCACCUUCUUGUGAACAGCCAGAACACCAGCAUCCUGAUCAGCAUCUCCAGGGACAAGAACAUUCGUGUGUGGGACCUGCAAGACUAUGUGUGCCUCCAGUCCUUCUGCGGGAAGCUCUUCACCCUGGGCAACUGCCCCAUAACCAGCGCCUACUUCCACAGAGACUGCACCCUCAUCUGUAGCACCUACAACAUUGGGAUCCUCAGAGGGUACUUGGAAUCCCAGGGGCCCAUGAAAACAGGGAAGUUGACGACUCACAGCACAGCCCUGUGUGCGGUCCUCUACAGCAAGAUCUUCAAGCAGGUGGUGAGUGGCUGCCUACGGGGCACAGUGAGUGUGUGGGACAUCACCACGGGCAAGAAGAGGAUGGAGUUCUCUGUGUCUGGCACCUCGCAAAGUGAGCUGACUGCCAUGUCCCUGGACGAGUCAGAGCGCUGUCUACUCACGGGCUUGCGUGAUGGCAAAAUGCAGAUGUGGAAUUACAACACUGGGGAGUGCCUGAUAACCUUUCCCACCCAGGAGCAAUCGGAGAUUAGUGGAAUUGUCCACAUGAACAAAUCAUACUACAUGACAGGGUGGAGUAAGAGAAUCACCAGUUUCACGUUCCAAAAGACCACGCUGGAACUCUCCUACUACCACUGGCAUACCUACCACACAGAGGACAUCCUGAGCAUGGCCAAGUAUCAGAACCAGUUCAUUGGGACUUCUUCCUACAAUGGGGACAUCCUCCUCUGGAAUGUCAGCAUGCUGAAGCCCAUCUUGAAUUUCAAUGCCUCCCAGAGCCCCUUGCCUUUACAGCCGAAGAAGGUGAAAGAUGCACAGGAAUGUGUAGCCAGAGCCCAAGUCUCCUCAGGUAAAAGUGAGCAGAAGUGGGCACACAAGCCUUCCAGAAAGUUAACCAGCUUUUCUGGGAGUCGGAGGUUGAUGUCAGCUCCCCCAGUGAUGAAACACCGGAGAGACACGGAUGAAGAGAGGCAGCUAUCUGAGCAGAAACCUUGGAGUUCUCACAAACCCAGAUUGUCUAACAUGCCCCUCAAUAAAUCAUCGUUUCACAAAGAUUCUCAAAAGAAAAAGGAGGAAUUCUGGAGGAAGAUGCUGCUGCAGUCGAGGUUUUCAGUGGAGAAGAUCAUUUUUUUGCAGACCAGGCCUCGCCUGCCACACACAGCUGCUAUGCUGAGCAGCUGCAUUGAUGGCUUUAUCUACGCCUGGUCUGUCCACGGGAAUGGAGGUCUGCUGGGAAAGUUCUCCGUGGACCUUGAAGAGGAUGAGAAUGUUCUUGUGGGUGCCAUGGCCACUGAUGAAAACGACUGGAUCCUCAUCACAGGGGAUAGUAAAGGAAAGAUCAAGAUCUGGGACAUCAAGGAUUACUGCUUCUUUGUUGGCCAGAGACUCCAAUCCAGUGGGAUCAAGAUCUCCACUGAAACAAAGAAUAAGUUCCGGUUCUUAAUUCCUAAACAACUCCAGGCCUGCUCCCUGAAUUACAUCCCCCAGAAGGAGACGGAGGUUGUGGAAGGCCAGACCAUUUCUCUGGUUCCCCCACCACUUCUGGUUACCUGGAAUAGCCACAUGGAGAGCGUGUCGGAUGUCCUGUAUGUGGACACCUUCCAGUUGGUUGUUAGUGCUGGUGAGGACCGGGACGUCAAGGCUUGGAAACUUUCUGGUGAUACCAUAGGAACAUUUGGCCUGAAUCUUUGGGAUAAACUGCAGGAGGCCACAAUGGUUGAAGAUCAGGAGCAGGAAGAGACCUUAGAGGAGAAGCCUGACUUGAUCGACUCCACCCUCAAGAGAUCCUUCAUUGAGCUGCACAAGGAACUGGCUGAAGCCCUGUUGUACCAGCGGCAUGAGCAGGCAGCGCUGAUGGCGUUUCUGCAUGGGAAAGCAGAGAAGGAAGUUGAGGCGCGGGCCAGGCUCCAUCAGAUGUCCCUCACAUCCCCGUGGAUCAAACAGAAUUCGGUGGAAGACAUCGAGGAGAGCUGGAAUCAAUGGACCAAGAACAAGCAGGCAAGCAAAAUCGUAGGAGCAGCUUACAAGCCCAAGGUACAUGUGCGGAAUCCCAAACUCCUGUCCACCAGAGUGCAGUACGGCUGGAUGAAGCAGCAGAUCUCCCCUCAGGUCUACCAAAGCCUGUGUUUCACCGACCUUACACCAAUCCAACAACCUGACUUCUUGAUGCAUAAGGUCCUGGACCAGGAAGGCCGGCACAUCCGCUGGGUGGCUAGCGAUAUCCGGAGACAGCUGGAGUCUAUCCGGGGUCAGAUUUUCAUGGACAUAGCAGCCAGCAGCACACCUAUUGCCUCGCCUUCCUCCCUUUCCCUGGGAGCCUCGGCCUCCAGGGUUCUGGAAUCCACCUGGUCGACCUCCCUGAGGCCCCAUUCCUCAGUCUCCUUGCUGAGGCCCUGGUCAGCCUCUCCAGCACAGUCUAGCUCUUCUACGUCCCCCCAGACCUUGAGUCAGCCCCGCAGAGGUCAGAAACCGCCAAGCCAGCUGCUCCCUGCCUCAUGCAGCAUCCGAAGCCCUGGGGAGCCGCCCUCAUGUUCUCUGUGAAGGGGGGGGGGCUCCCUCCUCGUGGUUUGAGGUGCCCAUCCUUCUCUCUGUUCUGUGGCAGGGGAGCCACAGGGUCCUGCAUGUCCCUGGCUCACUCCGUGCCAGGCCCAGGGGAUGCAGCCCUUCCUCCAGGGGCCCCUGCUUCUCUCUGGAUGAGUCCAGCUGUCUUCUGGCUCUGCACAGUUCUAGAGAAGAAAAUAAAUAUUCUCCCGUA